CCAGCCAGGAGAGGGUGUCCGAACCCGCGCUGCUGCAGCCGCCGGGUUACCCCGGGAUCGCCACCCAGAGCUUUCCCCCAGACAAGUGUAUCACGGCCCUGGCACCCCUCCCCUCCCCUCCCCGAGCUCAGAGGCCACAGCAGCCAACCCACACGUCCCGAUGGGUCCCCAGGGGGGUGCGGCGAGGCCCGGGGGCUUCUUCGGCGUCUACCUGCUCUAUUGCCUGAACCCUCGGCACCGGGGCCGGGUCUACGUGGGGUUCACCGUCAACCCUGCUCGCCGUGUCCAGCAGCACAACGGAGGCCGCAAAAAAGGCGGGGCCUGGCGGACCAGCGGGCGCGGUCCCUGGGAGAUGGUGCUCAUCGUGCACGGCUUCCCUUCCGCCGUGGCCGCCCUCCGGUUCGAGUGGGCCUGGCAGCACCCGCAGGCCUCGCGCCGCCUGGCGCACGUGGCCCCGCGCCUGCGCAGCGAGGCCGCCUUCGCCUUCCACCUGCGGGUGCUGGCGCACGUGCUGCGCGCGCCGCCCUGGGCGCGCCUCCCGCUCACGCUGCGCUGGCUGCGCGCCGACUUCCGCCAGGAGCUCUGCCCGCCGCCGCCGCCUCACGUGCCAGUCGCCUUCGGGCCUCCGCCGCCCCGGAUGCUGGCCGCCAAGCGUCGGGACAGUUCCUUUGCCGACACCGAGUCCCCGCCGGGCCAGGACUCCGAGGCCCCCUGCACCCUGUGCGCUUGCGCGCUUCCGGAUGAAGAGGGCCCCCUGUGUUGCCCCUACCCUGGCUGCUCCCUAAGGGCCCACAUGACCUGCCUGGCAGAGGAGUUCCUGCAGGAGGAGCCAGGGCAGCUUCUGCCGCUAGAGGGCCGAUGCCCUGGCUGCAAGAACUCACUGCUGUGGGGAGACCUGAUCUGGCUAUGUCGGACGGGCUCCGAGGAGGAAGAGGAGAAUGUGGAAUUAGAAGAGGAACACUGGACAGACGUGCUGGAGCUCUGACCUCAGCCCCCAGCCCUCCACCCAUUCCUUUUCUGUGCCACUGCCUGAGGGUCUGGGCAGUUUUUACAAUAAAAAGUCUGAGUGAAGGGGAUCUUCCGUUAUUUGCUGGGGGUGUGUGUGGAGUUAGGAGGCCAAGGCCCUGCCAGUCACUGGAGCCCGAGAACAGAGGAAGCGGGUGGGGCCACUGGCCCCAGAUGGACCUGCCUGUCCUCUGCUGGAGGCCCUUGUGCCUCAGCUUUCCCCUGGCCUGCCUCUGAUCACAGUUCCUUUUUAUUU